CAAACACAACACAACGUGUUCACACUUUCUAUAACGGCUACAUUCUCCCACAAAUAAGUCACACCUCAGCUCUAAAAAAUGGACAAAAAAGAUUCACACACACUCCUUUUUCGCUAUAUUCCCUUUUUCAGAAGACCGUUACACUUCCCUUCCAUUCUUUUCUCUUGUCCUUAAACCCCAAAACUCUCUCUUCCGUUUCACCAUGACGGUUGUAACCACCGCCACCGCACGCACCAAGAGAAUAGUUAAACUCACUCUCGCUCUACUCGGACUCGGCUUCAAUUCCUCCAAAUGUAAAACAGCGUCGAAGAUGGCGGUGGCGAGGAUUAAGCUGUUGAGGAACAAGAGGGAGGUUGUGGUGAGGCAGAUGAGACGUGACAUUGCGAUGCUUCUUCAGUCUGGUCAAGAUGCCACUGCUCGUAUCAGGGUUGAGCAUGUGAUGAGAGAGCAAAAUGUUUUGGCUGCAAAUGAAUUCAUUGAGCUAUUCUGUGAAUUAAUUGUGGCCAGACUCUCAAUUAUUGCAAAGCAAAGGGAAUGUCCUGCUGAUUUGAAAGAAGGAAUUGCUAGCUUAAUAUUUGCAGCCCCUAGGUGCUCAGAAAUUCCAGAACUUGUAUCACUAAAGAAAAUCUUUGAGAAGAAAUACGGGAGGGAUUUUGUAUCUGCUGCUACUGAUCUUAGACCAAGCUGUGGUGUAAACCGCCAGUUGAUUGACAAGCUCUCGGUACGCACACCUCCCGGUGAAGUAAAGUUAAAAGUAUUGAAGGAAAUUGCUAAGGAAUAUCAAAUUGAUUGGGAUACUGCAGAAUCUGAGAAAGAGCUUCUCAAGCCUCCAGAAGAGCUAAUAGAAGGGCAGCGCACUUUUGUCAGUGCCAGCACCUUACCAGUGAAGACUUCAACAACUGUUUCCAUGGAAUCAAAUAAGCCAGCAACAAGAUUAUCAGGCGGUGUAAUAAGUGAUUCCAUGCAUUUUGAAGAUUCUAAGUCUGCUGCUGAAGCAGCAACUGAAGCAGCUAAGAAAGCAAUCGCGGCUGCUGAAUUUGCUGCUUAUAUGGCUAUGAAGGACUCUAAUGAAGCCUCUCAACCAUAUUUCAAUGAUAAGUUCCAUAGUGAUCCUGCAAAAUAUACUCAUAACUCGGUUCAUAAAUCAACAACGGAGGAGAAAAUGCACAGGUCACAUAGCUUACCAAGGUCUGAUCACAUGAACAAUGAAGAUCCAUCGUAUGGUGGAAAGGAUUAUCGAAGACACAGCUACCAUCCAGCUUCUGCACAUUUAGAUAUUAAGUUUGAUGAAUCAGAUUGUGAUGAAGAAAUUGAAGCCGAAGAACCUCCUGUUACUUUCCCACCUAAACGGCUUCCACCACCUGUACCUUCUUCAUCUGUGGUUAAACAGGAUUCCAACAUCCGUGUUCAUCCUAAAUUGCCGGAUUAUGAUGAACUCACUGCUCGUUUUGAUGCUCUAAAAUUCAAAAAGUCGCAGCCAUGAACCCUUUGAGCAACCACUUAUCAAAAUAUUCUAGCUUGAUUCAUUCAUUUAUAUACAUAUAUAAGAAUAGUAUAUUUUGUCAUACUGAUAAAUUCUAAGAAUGUCAUAAUAUUUGAUGCUAUACUUUUUUAAUUUACAAUAUUGGAUGCCAUAGUUUGGUACACAUUGUUCGGCCACCACGUAUUAUAUCUGUUUCGAAUAUAUGAUUUGUGCUGUAUAAUUUUGCCAA